GGCUUCUUCGCCUCCUCCCAACAGGAGCCAAUGGAAGGCUGAGGCCCCGCCCUCCUCCAGGAGAGUAUUUAGAAGCUGAUCAGGGAAGCACUCGGAGAGCUGGGGAAGCCGGACCAGGGAGUACUGUGGGGAAGGCUGGCCCCAGAUCCGGACCUGGAGCCGGGGAGCAGGGGCCGUUGGUGUGCGGGGCGGAGCUCACAGCUAGCAGAAGUGGGUGAGUCCCCGUGCUGGGUCCCUCACUGAGCUGCCCCAGUCCCAGCCCCAGCAGGCACCACUAUGGCCUGGCUGGUGCUGCUGGGUGCACUGCUGUGCCUUCCGCGCGUAGGGGUGGGCAGCCUGGGCGCGGAGGGCUUCGUGCCCCCCGCGCCCCAUAACUGCCCCUACAAGUGUGUGUGUGCCGCCGACCUGCUGAGCUGCACGGGCCUGGGGCUGCAGGAUGUGCCGGCUGCGCUGCCGGCCGCUGCCACAGACCUUGACCUGAGCCACAACGCCCUCCAGCGCCUGCGCCCCGGGUGGCUGACGCCUUUCGCCCGUCUGCGCGCCUUGCACCUGGGUCACAACGAGCUGGAUGUGCUAGGUCGCGGAGUCUUCACCAAUGCCAGUGGCCUGCGGCUGCUUGACUUAUCAUCUAACGAGCUGCGGGCGCUGGGACGCCACGACCUGGAAGGGCUGGGGGCGCUAGAGAGGCUGCUCCUGUUCAAUAACCGACUGGCGCACUUGGACGAGCACGCAUUCCGGGGCCUGGGCGCACUCAGUGCACUCUACCUGGGCUGCAAUGAGCUCUCCUCUUUCUCUUUCCACCACCUCCACGGCCUGGGUGCCACCCACCUUCGUACGCUGGACCUCUCCUCCAACCGCCUGGGCCACAUCCCCGCCACUGCCCUGGCCGCCCUGCCAGCCUUUCUCAAGAACGGCCUUUACUUACACAACAACCCCCUGCCCUGCGACUGCCGCCUUUACCAGCUGCUGCGGCGCUGGCACCAGCGGGGCCUCAGCGCCGUCAGUGACUUCACCAGGGAAUACACGUGCCUGGCUUUCAAGGUGCCUGCAUCCCGCGUGCGCUUCUUUGAGCACAGCCGGGUCUUUGAGAACUGCUCAGCCACCCUGGCUCAGGGCCUGGAGCGGCCGGAGGAGCAGCUGCAUGUGCAGAUGGGUCGGUCCCUGAGGCUACGCUGCAACACCAGCAUCCCUGCUCUGCGCGUCGCAUGGGUAUCCCCAAAGCAGGAGCUGCUGGUGGCCCCGGGGUCCCAAGACGGCAGCAUCGCUGUGCUGGCAGACGGCAGCUUGGCCAUCAGCAAUGUGCAGCCACGGCACGAGGGACUCUUCGUGUGCCUGGCCGUUGGGCCCCACUUGCACCACAACCAGACGCACGAGUACAACGUGAGCGUGCACUCCCCGCGCCCCGAGCCUGAGGCUUUCAACACAGGCUUCACCACCCUCCUGGGCUGCGCCGUGGGCCUGGUGCUCGUGCUGCUCUAUCUGUUCGCACCGCCCUGCCCUGGCUGCCGCCGCUGCUACCGCCGCACCUGCCGCUGCUGCCGCCGCCGGUGGCCCCGGGCACCCAGUCCCCUCCAGGACCUGAGCGCGCAGUCCUCCUCGGUACUCAGCACCACCCCACCCGAUGUGCCCAGCCGUAAGGCCAGUGUCCACAAGCAUGUGGUCUUUCUGGAGCCGGGCAGGAGGGGCCUCAAUGGGCGUGUGCAGCUGGCCGUAGCCGAGGACUUUGAUCUCUACAAUCCCAUGGGCCUGCAGCUCCAGGCUGGCUCUGAGUCCGCUAGCUCCACGGGCUCUGAGGGUCUGGUGAUGACCUAGGCUGCCCUGGGCUCAGAGCUAAGCCACCAACCACCCACCGCUUGCCCCGCUCCCUGCUGCUGCCUGGAAAACUGCCAGAUGCUAGUGGGAGCGCUGGGCUUAGUCCUCCAGCCUCCCAUGUGGCCUCGACCUCAACUACAUCAGCCCCCUCACUGAAGGAAGGGCUGGGCUCCCCACCCUGUCUCCUGCUCUGCUCUCACACAGGGCCCAAAGGCCACAAGCCCUCACCUGUUGGUGCCCAAAUGUAGCACAAGGCCUGGACCUGGGGCCAUCUGUAAAAGCCCUCGCGUUAGAGCCCAAGGCACACCCUUAGGGCCGAGAAGCUAUCAUGCAGUCAUGGCGAAGAACUGAAACAUAACCAUCUCCCCCUUCC